AUGUCGACAAGUCCGCUCUCAAUGGUCAGCGUCAUCUUGAUGUUCUUCGAGAGCCUUCUAAUAUUUCGGAUGAUAGCUGUAGCCCAUACACUCAAAUUUCGGAACGUGCCCGUGUCGGUCCAGCUGAACGCCCCUAACGGCCACAACGCGAAGCUUGCGAGCGAGCUCGCUUCACUGACUAGCAGCUGCACCGUGGAGGCCUGCGCCAGUACCACCCCGGCAGCAUAUGAAGAGGCUAUGAACACGGUUGGCUCGGCGGGACUCACCAGUACGGAAAGCGAUGUAUCAUCUGCCGUAGGGCCGCCGUUGAUAUACAUGCUACUGGAGCUUGGCACCUUCGCCAGUUUCGACAAGAAAUGGAAUGCGGCACUCUGA